AUGGAUGACGACCACGACCACGACCACGACCCCGACGCGCCGUCGCCGGCCGCCGGGGAGCGGUGCCCGUGCUGCUGCUCCUCCACCUCCUCCGCCUCGCCGGCCGUGCCGUGGCGGCGGUCCGUGAAGCGGAAGCUGGGCGCGGAGAAGGGCGGGGAGGCGGGCGGGGACGAGGAGGCGGGCCCCGCGGCGCGGGUCGAGGCGGAGGACGAGUGCGCGGCGCUGCGGGAGGCGGUGGCGUCGGCGCAGUCCGCGGCGUCGGCGCUGCGGGCCGAGGUCGAGGAGGAGCGCCUCGCCGCGGCCAGCGCCGCCAGCGAGGCCAUGGCCAUGAUGCUCCGCCUGCAGCGCGAGAAGGCCGAGGUACAGAUGGAGCUCCGCCAGUUCCGCCGCUUCGCCGACGAGAAGAUGGCGCUCGACGCCGCCGACAUCGACCAGCUCCGCGCGCUCCUGGCGCAGCGCGCGCGCCGCCUGGUGCGCCUGCGCGCCAGGCUCCGCGAGUACAGGCUGCAGUUCAUCCACCUCGGCAUCCCGCUCCCCGAGGGCGAGGACCUCGUCGCGCAGAACGCCGCCGAGGAGGAAGAGGACCUCCUCCUGCUCGAGGGCGAGGACGGCUACGUCGAUGGCGAUGGCGGGUACUACCCUGAGCUCCGCUGCAACGACGGGGAGUACUACUACUACGAGGACGGGCAGGAGGAAGAGGAUGCGGUUGCCCUCGAUCUGGAGCGCCGGAUCUGCCGCCUCGAGCACGAUCAGGAAACUCGCCUGCUUGAGCCACCCCUUGAGGAAGAGGAAGAGAAAGGCACCCACCUCUACACAGAUGAGGCGUUGCCGAACUUGUCUGGGCAUGAACGGGGUGGCAUCUAUACUGAUGAGGUGUUAUCUGAGGAGGAUGUGGAAGCAAGGAGCAACCUCCACAAUGAUGAUGAAGAGCUGCCGGAGUCUCCUACUGCUGGAAGUGGUGAUGGGGAGGAAGCAGGCGAGGCUGAUGGUGUUGACAGUGUAAGUGGCAGUGGCAGUGAUAGGGUGUACACCAUUGACAAGGUGCAUCAAGGUGCGCCUGCGCCUAUUGCAAGGGUCAUGGAUAAGUACCAGGGCGAGGCAGUGGAGCCAGACAUUAAGAAGCUUUACAUGAGGCUGGAGGCGCUGGAGGCCGAUAGGGAGUCGAUGAGGCAGGCCCUUGUGGCAAUGCGCACAGAGAAGGCACAACUUGUGCUUCUUCGUGAGAUUGCGCAGCAGCUUGCCAAGGAUAGAGUUCCAGUUGGGUCAGGAGCUGGGGCAGGGCCAGGUGUACACUCUUCGCCUAGAAAACGCGCAGUUGGGAUUGUAGAAAGGAGAUUCACAGAGGACAAGAAGGCGGCACUUGUCAAGACAUAUUCCAUGGUUGCCUUGUUUAAGUGGGUCCUCACUUUAUUUGGCAAGAAAAAGAAGCUAUCUCAAAGCAGGUAUACUUUUGGCUUAUCAAGUAAUAAUGUUGGUUUGCUCCUACUCUUGGAUAAGUGCCCACGGAUCCAGAAAACCCUCACAAGAACAAAGUAA